AUGAUUGAUCAAAAAGCCUCAUUAAGAAACCAUCAAGCAUCAAUUCAAAAUCUAGAAGUCCAAGUUGGUCAACUCACUACUUUGAUGAGCAACAAAUUAUCCUCACAAUUUCCUGAAAAGAAAGCUCAACCUCAUGUCAUGGUGAUUGAUACUGAAGAAGAGGCCAUCUCUGAAUUCUUAGAAGCACUAAAGGAAGAGCCAAAGCCAUCUGGACCAAAGCUAAAGAAGUCGAAGCUCGAAAACGAAAUUAUUGCCAACACACCAAACUCACGUCGUGAACCCAUCAUGCUCACGACGUGGUCUCGAUUUGAACAUAAAAAUUCAGAAUCUGUUCCGGCUUACCGACCGCCUUUGCUGUUUCUGUCUCGAGCACAUAUUAGUCCACUACAAAGGGAACAUCUGGAGUUUAUUCUGCAAAUAAAGGUUAUUCCUAUUAAUACCCAUUUUUUCGAUUCACUUUCAGAAAUUCCAGAAUACGCGAAGUUCUUACAAGAUCUUGUAGACACUCGUCAGCAGUUGAAAAAAAAUUCUAAGGUCAUUCUUAGUGAACAAAGCUCAAGAGCUAUGUUGGGGGAGAUACCUAAGAAGAUGGGAGAUCCUGGACGCCUCACUCUUCCAUGUAAGUUUGGUAACAAUCUAAAUGCUUAUGCUUUAGCCGAUUCCAGGGCUAGCAUAAAUUUGAUGCCAUAUUCAUUCUAUCAAAACUUGAAUAUUCAAAAAAUGAAGGCUACAAAGAUGACCAUCCACAUGGCCAAUCGUUCAGUGACGGACCCAAGGGGAAUCAUAGAACACAUCCUUGUUAAAAUUGGGAAAUUUGUUUUCCCAUUUGAUGUCGUGAUUAUGGAUACGACGAAGGAUGUAAAUGUCCUAAUUAUUCUCGGUCGCCCCUUGCUAAAUACUGCUAGCGCUUUAGUUGAUGUUCAUGAAUCAAAGCUUACAUUGAGGGUUGGUGAUGAUAAGGAAGAUUUUGGAAUACAAGAUGGAUUUCACGGAAAUGAUGUUAAAGAGAAGCUUAUGGAGGAAGAAAUCAAGGCAAUUCAUCAAAUCAAACGCACUAAACCAAGAUCAUCCACUCCGUUUUUUGUUGAAGUCAUUACCUACACAAAACCAACAACUUUGAUAAGUGAGGAAAGCGAUGAUUUGUCGAGUGAUGAAGACGAGGCUACUUCCAAGGAGACGGUUCCAGUGGCGAAAGAAGAGUAG